ACAGUGAUGAGCCAAAGAAAGAGGGUAACCGUAAAAUUGAAAGAACCAAAUCCUCUCUUUGUACAAUGGUUAACUGAAUGGAGGGACAAAGCAAGAGAAAGUGAAUCAAAAAUGCAAUACGCUUUUAAUAUAGCUUUGCAAUCGUUGAAAAAAUAUCCUUUACCUCUUGACACAGGCAAAGAUUGUAAAAUUCUUAAAGGGUUUGGCGAUAAAUUGUGUACUAUGUUAGAUGAUAAAUUAAAACAUUACAAAACUCAAAAUGGUAACAUCACAAGACCAAGCAUACCUCAAUCGCAAGGUUCAUUUAGUGGAAAAGAUAAGAAUUCCAAUGCAAUAACUAAAGCAACUAAGUCAGAAAGAAUAUCUAGAGGAGACAAAGAAUAUAUUCCUCAAUAUAGAUCUGGUGGUUAUGCAUUAUUAUUAGCUUUAUACAAACAAAGCUUGGAGCCUGAUUAUGUAGGUUACAUGUCUAAAGUGGAUUUGAUUAGAAAAGCAUCAGAAUUUGCAGAUACCUCUUUUACCAAAACAGAUACAGGUUCUAGAUACAAUGCUUGGUCAUCUAUGAAGAAACUGUUAACUGAGGAGCUUGUUAUAAAGAAAAGUAAUCCAGCAAAAUUCUCAUUAACUGAGAAAGGUCAAGUGUUGGCCAAAAAAUUAAGUAACUGUGAUAUAUCAAAUAAAUCUCAAGAAUCUGCACAUCAAAUGGAUAUUGAAGCAGUUGAUUUAUCUGAAAAUGAUAAUAAAUGUGAUAACCAGCAACAAAAUAUUUAUAGUAAUAUAAUUAAAAGUCCAGAAAAAAAGAAUGCUCUCCAACCAACAAGUACUUUCAAAAAAUAUAAUUCUUGUAAUAUCAUUAGUAGUGAAACUAGUGCUAAGGCAUUACAAAAUUCAAAGACAAUCAAAAAAUAUAAUUCAACAAACAGUGCCAGUUCAGUGCAAUCAAACUCAGAAUAUGUGGUGUAUGGUCCAAAUAGUUUUGAUGUUUUAUUAAUUGUUGAUACUCAAGAAACAUGUGGAAAAAACACGGAAAAGAUGGAUGAUCCUCUUUUAGCUGAAUUGGAAGUACUGAAUGUGUCUUAUGAAGUUCAAAACCUAAAAGUAAGUGAUUACACUUGGAUUUGCAGGAGCAAAACUUCCAAUGUAGAUUUAAUCCUUCCAUACAUUGUUGAGAGAAAAAGAAUGGAUGACUUUGCAAGCAGUAUUAAAGAUGGUCGUUACUAUGAGCAAAAAUUUAGACUGAAAAGAUCUGGAAUCCAGAACAUCACUUACUUAAUUGAAAGUUAUGGCAAAAAUGAUCACCAUGUAGGUUUGCCUCUAACUAGUUUAUAUCAAGCAGCAACAAAUACUGCCAUACAGGAUGGAUUCUGCGUAAAAUUCACCUCUAAUUUACGUCAUACUGCUGAAUAUUUGGCGUGUUUUACUGGAUUUUUAGAAGCGACGUUUAAGACGAAAACCGUUGCCAGCUGUCUCAAAGAUAACUUACCUGUUUUUUCUUUAAAUGAUGAAAUUGUUUCUCUCAUGACACUGAAAGAAUUUAAUUCUUCUUCAGUCAAAAAUAAGAAAAUGACUGUCAAGGAUUUGUUUGUUAAGUCUCUGAUCCAAAUAAAAGGAGUUUCUGUGGAAAAAGCACUUGCUAUUGUUCAAAAGUAUCCAACGCCUCGACUUCUUUAUGACGCAUAUCUGGAAAACCCAGGUCCAGCUGGAGAAAAAUUAUUAUCUAAUAUACAAUGUGGUACUGCUCGGAAGAAUAUUGGAAUUGUGAUAAGUAAAGUUGUGUAUCAACUUUUUAAUUCAAAUUUUUAGAAUUCAUUGUGAUUAUUAUUAAUAAAUUACUAUAUUUUAUCAA